UAUGUGUAUCAUGCGGCACAAUUGCCACACUCGCAGACAGAGUCAGUGCCACAGAGGAACAGUUGAAAAAGCUGUCCACCACCCCCCAGUCCUACGAUCCGGCCACAUCUGAGCUCCCCUGCCCCUGUGAGAGAGGUCCCCCUGGCCCCAAAGGAGACGCGGGAGCACCAGGCAGGCCCGGGCCCAGAGGAGAGAGGGGGCCAAGGGGGGAGAAGGGCUCUCAGGGGCUCUGGGGCUCCGUGGGGGCUCAGUCAGGGGCUGGUACGGCCAGCGGAGAGGAUGCUUGGAGUUCAACGACGCCAAUUUUUGAGCGAGAUGAAACGAGGGACGAAGAGGUGCAGGCUGACUUGAAGAAGAAAAGGAGGAAAGAGAAACGGAGGAACAAGGAGAGGGAGGAGGCGAUUGUGAAGGAGAACAAAGAACUUUCUACGCGUGUCUCGGUCUUAGAGCACCAAAUUCUGGAGCUGGAGCAAAAACUGAGCGCCAUGCAACCUCUGAUAACCGCGGUGACGACAUGGGGUGACCACAUUGGGACGCUGGACAAGCGAGUCUAUCGGCUGGAGAUACUGAUCAACUCUCCAGAAACCGACACGGACGCGCCGUUCCUGGCCCACCCGUACAGCGAGCCCGCGGGGCGAGGGGAGGAGGCGGCGUUCCCACCAGGCACUUCCGACCCAGGGACGAGGGGAGAUAAACCUGGGCCGGAGAGCCAGGACGGCGAGGCCAGGAGGGUGGGAGAGGCGGGAACAGGACAGGACUUCUGGUGGUCCACCCUGGCUGAUGAAAUCACCACCGAGGCCUGGGACGGAUCCGUUGCCCAUGGCAACCCCGAGAAGGCGCUGGCGUCGUCAUCAUCAUCAUCCGCGGCUGAUUUAAAAGACGGCCGCGGUAAUAGUCAGUUCGGGCCUCCCUUGGGUGGCAGCUGGAAUACUGGUGGUGGUGGGAGGUCGGAGGUAGGAGGAGAUUCCGACGUGUCUGGUCCGCCUCUCGUGGGUCGUAGGGGUACGAUCAGACACCCGGAUGAUGAAGGAGAAGGAGAGGAAGGAGGGGCGGCGGGCGGAACAGAGUGGAAGUACCCGACUUACGAGGAGUUUCAGCGUUCGGAGGGAUUUUCUGGAUUUACGGAGAGAGAGGGAGGGGAGACCUCCACGGCGUCUUCGGCUUCGGCUUCGGGGAGGGGAGGGAAGCUGAGAGGGGAUAUGAUGAUUCCUCCUCCCCUCCCUGUGAAAAUGGGCUCAGAAGAGCCGCCGGUCGUGUUUGAUUCUGCUGUCCCUGCCGAGGAUGACUUCUUCCGAGGCGGCAAAGACGUCGACAACGAUGAUGAUGAUGAUGAUAAUAACGAUGAUGAUGAUGUAGAUGAUGACGAUGCGAAGUUCCGAACGACACCUGCAGAAGAAGAAGAAGAAGUGACCCAACCACUCAGAACAGAGGCUCAGGUCGACAGCAGUGAUAGAGACGGCGAGGAAGGUCAAGGUUUUUCGUCAAUGCAGUCUUCCGAAGUGAAAAAUGAGAAAGCAGUCAAGAACUGCUCCGGGAGCUGUCCAACAGAGCAACCUUACCCUCCUCCUCUGCCUCCCGAGGAUGUGAUUACGUCUCUUUUCCCUGACGACGAAGAGAUUCUCAAAGCUCAUCAACAAGGGUACGCUGAAUUCUACCGAGUUCUGAAGCAGAAGCUGGGGGACACGCCGUUGUUCCAAGCGCUCACAAUGCAAGGGGAGCAGCAACAAGUUCCUCACUCGGAGCCGAGCGACUCGGCACAAAAUGGUGACGUCAAGGGCAGUAUGCAGAAAGGCAGCCGCGAAGAAACCGGAAGUGAGGUGCGGGGUGGCGAGGGGAGUAACUUACAGCGGGGCAACACGGAGCACCAGAGGGCCAAGUUUGACGGACUGAAAGGUUCUCGUCACUCGCCACAGACCGCCAGGUUCACCGCCCACGACUCCAGCUCUGUCACCCGAUACUCCGUGGUCAGCUGUCUGCUGAUACCCUUACUGAUAUCCUUCUUGAUACUCUGAUACCCUUACUGAUAUCCUUCUUGAUACUCUGAUACCCUUACUGAUAUCCUUCUUGAUACUCUGAUACCC